UUGUGAUUUCUCCAGUCGUUAGCAUUGGUCCCUCCACACCUCUCUGCCUCAGCACUGCUCUGAUGCAGUGUCAAGCUGGGGGGGGGAACAUCCUCUCCUCUGUUGGCACCACGGUACAAGGCAAGGGGAGCCCAAAGCCAGCUCUGCUCCAGCUGCCAGCAGGCAGCAGAGGUGAAGCAGUGCACCUCCAGGUCCUGUUAACCCGGAGGGGUGUCUAACUCAGAGCUGUCUGUGCUUCUCUGGAGUCUGUAGCAUACAGCACAGUUCCCAUGUGCAGGUCUUCCUGGAAACCCAGCCCUAGAGCAUUAUUCUGGCCCACAUUGAGGGCCAGGACAUCUUGUUUGCUUAAAAAAACCUAUGUAAGAGGUAGCUCUUGCCCAGCAACGUCUGCUUGGGCAAGAGCUUCAAGUGAAGAGCAGUCAAUCUCUGCUCCCUGUGCUGGUUUUCCAGGCAGCACCGACCUGAGCCUGGUGGGGUCUGGGGGCUGGGCUGGGUCAUCACCUUUUUGCUGCAAAGCCCUUGGACUGGGGCUGUCCCAGCACAGAGCUCCCCCCAGCCAGAGUCAGUGGGUGCUGAGGGGGUACUGGGUGCAUCCAUUCCAGGCAUCAGAGGCUGACUAAUUUUUUUUAUUAUUUUUUUUUUUUUUUACCAUUUGAUCUGAGUGUGUUGAUUUGACUCCAGGGCUGCCACGUGAGCCUCAGGGAAAGUUACGUGGUAAACUGUAAGCAAAAUGUGACUUGGGCUUGAUGGAAACUGCCAGGCUGGGGCAGGAUGCGUCGCCUUCUUGUAAUUUCCUAGCAGGGUUUCGGAGGGCUGCGUCUCACUGCUUGAGUUCCUUGGCUUUUGAGCUGGAUUUGCAGGAAGGAGGAAAUGAAGGAAACCGAAUUUCAUGGUGUCUGUGUGCCUGGGCACUGGCACUGGUUGGGUUGCAGCAUUUUGUGUGUGCCUGUGCCUGAGUGGCCAUGUGAGGGGGGGACCCUGCGUGGGGAGUGGGUGCUGAUGGCUGGCUGUGCACCGGGGGCUGUGCAAGGACAGGGCAAGAUGGGAGCUGAAGGGCAGAGUUGGAAGACCGUGGUGUGCUGGAAGCUGGCAGCCUAUGGAGAGAAGUGUCACAGGCUGUGAUUGAAGAGCUGAUCUGGGAGAGAGCGCCCUGACUGAGCCGUGUCUCCCCGAUCUGGGUGGGGUGGCCACCAGAUCCACCCUUCUCCCAGGGCACGGGGAGCAGCGCUGGGCGUGCUGGCAGCGUUGAGGAGGGAGGAGCGGCCCCGCGCCGCUGCCAGGACCUUUGCUGUUGGACCUCAAUGUUGUGGAGAUGCGGAAGGGAUGGGAGCUCUGAGCUGCCGCCCUGGCACGGCCUCAAAGGGUUAACAGGCCCCGGGGAGCCAGGGGGGUCUGUUCACACCCUCUGCCCAAUCCUGGGAAUCCCUGUGUGCUAAUUGAGCACUAACGAGAUCAAAGGCUCCCAUCAGGCAAUCAUCACCCCCAGGCCCUGUCUUCAGUGCAGCUGGGAGUGGGUCCCUGCACAGUGCUGCUCUUUGUCUGCGGGAAGGAAAGGAAAGCGGAGUGAUGUGGCCUCUCCCCACGCGUGCCAGCCUUGGAGCUGGCCUUGCCUGGGCUCUCCUUACUGUGAGUCUGGGGAUGGAUUUAAGUUUGCAGGAAAGUUUGCUGUUAAAAUCCCUGGGUCUGAGCGCGAAGCCCAGCCCCAAAAUCCCCGUUCCGGUGCCGUCUGUGCUCUGGCGAAUCUUCCAGAAGAGAAAGACACCUCCUGCAACAAACAGGGACCCGGCGGAUGGUUGUAGGGUGGAGGAGUUUAAUGUCCCUGGGAACAUCAUCCGUGUCUUCGCUGACCAAGGCCACUUCAUUCACAGCGCGCAGCCCCAGCCGCUGCUGUGCCUGCAGAAGCGUCUGUACUUUAACCUCUCUGUGCUGGAGGAGGGCGAGCGCCUGACCAUGGCUCAGCUGGAGAUCAAGUUCAGCCACAACUCCUACCACAGCCCCUGGCCGGGGCAGGGCUUCGAGCUGAGGCUGUACCGCAGCUGCCAGGUGCCGCUGCGGGGGACGCCCUCCCUGGGCCCAGGCCGCAAGCUGCUGGUGGAGCAGUCCUUCGCCCGCCUGCACAAGUCCCUGCUCUUCAACCUGAGCGACGUGGCAAAGGACUGGACAACAAACAGCAGGAACCUGGGCUUGAUCCUGGAGAUCGCGGUGAGCGGAGACGGAGCCUCGGCCGCAGUGAGCGCGGGGCCACGGAGCCUCUGCGCUGGCAUCGACUCUUUCUUGGAUACCUCUCUCCUGGUGGUGACCCUCAGCCAGCAGCAGUGCCGGGCCUCCAGGAGGAGGAGGAGCGCUUACAACGUCCCCAUCACACCCAGCAACCUCUGCAAGCCCCGGCGCCUUUACAUCAGCUUCAGCGACGUGGGCUGGGAGAACUGGAUCAUUGCCCCGCAGGGCUACAUGGCCAACUACUGCCUGGGAGAGUGCCCCUUCCCCCUGACAGCUGAGCUCAACAGCACCAACCACGCCAUCCUGCAGACCAUGGUGCACUCGCUGGACCCGGAGGGGACCCCCCAGCCCUGCUGCGUCCCUGUCAGGCUGUCCCCCAUCUCCAUCCUCUACUAUGACAACAGUGACAACGUGGUGCUGAGGCACUACGAGGACAUGGUGGUGGAUGAGUGUGGCUGCAGAUAGCGGAGUGCAUGUGGGUAUGCGCCGUGGGGUCCCCGUGUGACGCAGGGAAUGAUUGAUGGAAUAAAUCCAAGUGUGAUAAAUCCCCUCUGUGCUGGUGCUUAGGGAGUUUCCCAUUGGGACAGGGACUGGCAGCGCUCCCCUCCGUGCUGCCUUCUUUGGCUGGAGCCAGGGAGGAGGUCUGUGUGAAGGGAUGGUGACAGAGAUGUGCGUUAGUGGCAGCGCUGUGCUGGGUGCUCAGAGCAGUGCUCUGCCAGAGCCUGCACGCGGUUACGGGGUCAUGAUCAGCUCUGACCAUGGGUGCCCGCUCACCCAUCCCGUGUGGGUGACAGGAGCACCAGGCUGGGAAUCCCGGCCCCGUCUCGUGCCUGGCAGAGCGGCUGCUGGUGCUGCUGGCGGCCUCGUGGCGGAGCUGCCGCCGGGCUUUGUGUUUUCCAGCUUUUUGCAGCUGCUCUGGCCCCGCUGCAGGAAGAGGUAAUGGUGUCGUGACACGAGCCGCCUCGCGACUGAAUCCCUUCCCCGGGGUAGCAGGGGCUGUGGGACAGCGGAGCUUCUGCUUCACGCCUGAACUGCGGCUGUUGGUUGGUUUGGGGCCGGGAGGCGUCCUCAGAGCUGAGUCAUGUCUUGCAUCGCUUCUGUUCAGCCCCAGGUUACCUGUAGCGGGUUUGUCUGCAUCAGCCUCUAUGGAGCAUCAGCACCAGGGGGAAGGAGCUGAGGAAAGGCGGCAUGCAGCAGGGGCACGGAGUGCUGCUAUGUGUGCAGCAGCGCUGGGUAGGGGCAGUGCAGGAGUCGGUGGCAUCUUGUUCCCUGCCCGAGGUCCCCCUGCUGCAGCACAGUGCUGAUUGACCUCGCUGAGAGAAGCAAUGAGCCCAGGAGCCCGCAGCUCCCAGGCACUGUGCAGCAGCUUUGCCCAGCAGUGUUACAGCCCUCAUCAUUCAGGCACCGCGUUCAUGUGCAUAUGCACUGGGGAGUUAGUUUCAAUUUGUUUGGCUUAUUCUUGUUUAUUUUUUCAAGGACUUGCGGACAAAGCUGCAGCUGUUGGCUGUGGGCCUCAGUCCGCUGCAGCAGCGUGGCCGUGUCUUGCCGUGUUCAGUGCUGUUAACAGCAGCCAGCAGCGCAGUGCUGGGUGCAGUGCUGGGCUGGGUGCAGUGCUGGGUGCAGUGCUGGGCUGGGUGCAGUGCUGGGCUGGGUGCAGUGCUGGGCUGGGUGCAGUGCUGGGUGCAGCGCGGCUUUGGGGCAGCUGUGAGUGCUGAGCCCCGGCCGUGGAUGCCACCCCUUCCAGCAGAAGCUUUCCUGACCCCGCUGCUUUGCUGCUUCUGGAGGGUGGGGGGAGGUAGGAAGUGGGGACAGACGAGGAAUCGGAGUUAGACUUGAAUUUUUUUUUAAACAUGAGCCUGACAGCGUAGCCCGGACUAUUGCUGUUUUUCCUUUUUUUCUUUUUGUACCUGUGCUGUAUUGUCUCCACGAGCUGAUGAAGUAUUGCCGAGUGCAGCUGGGCCUUCCUCCUCCAGGGAAGCGCUGAGGGUUUAACCACUGCCAGAGCUGCAGAGGAGCAGCAGCAUCUCCUGCAGCAGCUUCUGCUGCCCCUCCUGAGCCACGCAGCUGCAGGCCGACCCAGCCCAGCAGCUGGGAGCAGCCCUUAGUGCCGCUGCACGCUCCCCUUCUUCUGCCCACACGCGUCUCAGCUUCCCCACGCGUAGCAGUAACCCCUAACCUAGCGCAGUGAGAGCAGCGUCCAGCACCUGAGUGUUUCCAGAGCUUUGAGUGGGACAAAUUAAAAGGGGCAGGAUUUAAAAAUCACCACUUUUCCCUUGGUAGCUGUGCUGGAGCGGCCAUGGGGAGCACAGAGCUCUGUUACCGGAGCCGGGCUGAGCGCAGCCCCCCAGGAGCUGCCUUCCCUUACCCAUGUCUGCUUCACCCCCCCCCCCCUCCCACUUUUGUACUAGUCUGUGUUUAAAAGAAGUAAUAAACUUGAAGUUUAUACAAUCAUCCUAAGUUUCAAUGAAUGGCGCAUGGUUUCGUCAUUGAAAGGUAGGGGGCCACCGUGAAUGCAAGAGCUGUUUAUUAAUAUUUUAUUGAUGACAAACAGGUUUAAAACAAACUGAGACAAAAUCAAAAGAGUAACACCGUGCAAGCACUGAUGUCUGGAUUUAUAAAACUUAGAGUAACUGCUACAAAGGAAAAAAAAAAACAGCACGAAGCAGAG